CCUGUCAUCUCCCCCGGUGGCCCAUUGGAGUGAAUGCUGGCUGGGUUGACACUGUUUGCACCCAGAUUUUUGGUUUUUUUGGGGGGUGUGAAGUUGGUUUGUUUCAGUUUAACUUCAGUCUAUUCCUCAUUGACUUCAAGACAACUGUAAUGACCUUGGCUUAAAGCUCCGUGAAGAAACCCAUUCAGCGCAGGGAGACAUCGCUCACUGCAAAUGAAGCAUGCAGCAUUCUGGUCAAUGACAGCCGUAGGGAUGAGGCUGGAGUCUGAGCCUGUGCCCUCUGCACACACUGGGUCUGCAAGGCAGGCUGAGCCCCACCAGACCUGUCAGAGCUGUUCUGAUGGAGCUGAGGGCCUGGUGGGGUUGGGGAAUGGCUGUGCCCCAAAGGGCAGUGGGGGCUGCACAGCUCCCAGGGCAGUGGGCAUGGCUCUGGAGUUCAGGGAGGCCUUAGGGUUGUGUAGAGCUGCAUGGAGCUGGGAGUUGGACACUGUGAUCCUUUGGGUCCUUUCCCACUCAAGGCAAUCCAUGAUUCUUGCUCCUGGUUCCCUGAGCAGGCGGCAGCGGGUGAGUGGAGGAGGCUGAUCGAGGAGGCAGUCCUGAAGCCCGAAGUGAGGCGAUACCUCUUCUACAACUCCAGGGCAUUCCAGAUAGCCAUUGCUGUGAUUUUCUACAUGUCUCUCUGGAUAAACAUUUACACCACGGUCCAGCUCUGCUCCUUUGGGCACUACUGGGAGGCCAGCGUGCUGGUGACUCUGGCUGCUGUGGCUGUCACUGUGGUUGUGAUCCUGGUCAUCGACCACCGCCAGAGAAAGAUAAAUAUGAAUACAGAUGUACGGCUGGCAGCUGUCAAUGAAUUCUUUAUCAAACACAGCUUAAUUCUGGGGAUUACUGAUGUCCUGGAUGGGCCACACAGCAUCCUACAACUGUGGUUUGUGCACUUCAGCCCCGAGCGCUGCCUUCAGUCCCUGGCAGCCCACAUCACAGAGCUGCGGCAGGCACAAGAGCUGGGCUGGCGGCACAGGCUGGACCAGCUCUGUGUGGUGAUGGAGGUGGCUGUUCCUGCAGCAGAGGACACUUCAUGCGAGGAAUCACCUCUCCUAUCCGGUGGGGAGAGCUUCAAGAAAGAGUCCAUGAUGUGCAAUGAGCUGCUCCACCUCAUCCCUGAGGGCCCCCCAGAGGUGAUGGCCCAGCAGCUCCUGGUGAUCUUCAGUGCCUGCUACGUGAGGCUGCUGGUCAGUGGCCGGCUGCCCCGUCCUGUGCUCUCUGGGCACGUGGAGGGCAGCAGUGUGCCCUGCCCAUGCCAGUUCAUCCAAGCCUCUGUGCUCAGCACAGGGCGCUGCUGGCUGCCGGGCAGAGGGCUGCGGGGGGCUGAAGGGCAAGCACAGCAGUGUGAAGAGGCAGAGAAGGCUUUCACCACUCAUCCCGGACUCUGGAAGAAGGAGUGGAAAUAGGACUCUAAUAAAGCAUGCAAACUUGCCAUGCAUUCAUUACUGCUGUGCUGUAAGCCCACAAGCCAUAGCAGCGGGGUGUCACCGGUUCGCUGUGCACAGGGGUGGUACGAACCAGGCUCUCAGACUCUGUGCUUUGGCUGAUUUUACCUUCUUGGAAGCAGUCUGAAUGCAAAGUCAGUGGGAGCACAGUUUGUUUUCAUAGUAUACAAAUUGGAUUCACUGCUGGGAUGCAAUGGCUUGUGCAUUAGCCACGUGAAGUGCUUCUUGGUAUGGAGUGCUGCUUGGAAAACCUCCUGCUGGGUCAGCAUGAGGGAAUCAGGCCAGGCUUAGAGCACAGGACUCUCCAGCAGAGCCUGAGGAGGAGACAAAGCUCAGCAGCUCCCAUGCUGUGUUCUGGACACCACAGUUGCCCCCACAUCCCAGAGAGGGACAUGGCAUCCCCAGGGAGGGCUGUGGUGUCUGCAGGGAUGGAUGCAGCCUCUCUUAUCCACAGCGACAGGAGGCUGCCAUGGACCCUUUGUUACUGGUAGCUGAGACAGCUUCCCUAAUUGCAGUAAGCACCUAGCAAUUAACUGGUGUUAAGCGUUGAGAAAAACUUAGCUUUAAUCAAAGGAGGAGUUUGAUUCCUCUUGCUAAUGCACCCCGGCACCUACCAUGCUCUGGCCUUAUUGCAAGGCAGAUGGCUAAUGCCUCACUUUUCCUUCGUGUGCCCGUAAUUAAAGCAUCAGUGAUGAGAGACAUCCCUUCCCCCCUCCCAAGGAUACAGUUGUUAUUCUAUGGGAAAUGUGAUAUUCUGGAGAGUUUACAGGACCCCCAGGCACACAGCUCCCUGGUACAUGGCAGUGCAUUCUAUUACCAGCAGAGUGCCAGGUGAUGUGAAGUCACAAAGGUCCUCCAAGAAAGACAUUGCUCGGGGGGUAUCAGUGCCACAGUGGGGUAUGGCUGCAUGGCCCUGCUUUUUGCCCCAGAACAAAUCACUUUGUGGGCUGCUCCACGGGGCUGAGCGGUGGCACUCGAUGCUGCUGGCAGCACAGAGUUCCCAAUUGCUGGGCCAUGUAGCUUUGGGCUGAGGGGAAGGGGACAACAGUUGGCGAAUGGCAGCAGUGCAUCACAGGGGUUGUACCAAUGGCCCUCCCCAUGCUGCCCAGAGCCCACCCCCAUGAGAUGGGAGCCCUGCUUGGGAGGGUCUGCCAGGAGAUGCCGAGUCUGUGAUAGGGUGCAGCCAAAAGGAACAGAAGAAACGGAGUUCAUCUAAUGGGCUGAAGGAGUGGUGCUUGGGCCGGUAUCCUGGCUGUGAUUCAAGCCACUCCAUGAUCAGACUUUCUCUCCAGACAAGCCGAGGCCAUAAAAUAUGCAGCGUAUUUGCCAUGCAGAAAUCCCACUUAUGCUCUCUUGAGGUUUCCUUACCAUUGAUAAUUACUCAAACCUUUUUCUAUGGAGCUCAGCAAAGCUGUCCUUCCCACCCUGCCUGCCUCACUCUCCUCUGCAUUUUUGCAUCCCUGCAGCCCGGUUCCUCCUCCUCCUGUGGGGAUGGAAUAUGGCUCCAUGGUGUGUUUGAAGCAUGGGGAGCUGGAAGCUGAGCAGACCUAAGAGCCAGGUGAAUUCUGAAUCCUGUUUUCUUAGGCCGGAGCAAUGUGCUUCCUAUCUCCAAUUGCUCCUCAAUGAACUGAGCUCCUACCUCAAUGACCUUGCCUCGGGGCUAAUGGGAAGCAGGCACUGCAUCUCACAGCACUGCAAACCCAUGGCCUGGGCUGCUGCGGAAGAAAGUGCAAGAUUUAUGGUGUGAGAUAGAAAGGAGAUAACAUCA